AUGGGCAGCGGCCGCCUCCUGGUUCUAGGUGAUUCCCAGCUGGUCAUGAACCAGGUCUCCAAAGAGUACCAGUGCACCGACCCACAGAUGCACGCCUACGUCCGCGAAAGCAACGGCCAAGUCGAGCGCGCCAACGCUGAAAUCCUCAAAGGUCUCAAAACCAAGACGUACAACGUCCUCAAGAAGCACGGGGACUCUUGGCUUGAGGAACUACCUGUGGUGCUGUGGGCCAAUUGGACUACCCCGAGCCGUGCAACAAGAGAAACCCCUUUCUUCCUGGUGUACGGCGUCGAGGCGGUCCUACCGUUGGAGCUCUCCCUGGGCUCGCCUCGUGUUGCGCUCUACAACGAGGCGGACCAGGACGAGCUCCGUCGCGAUGACCUCGACUAUUUGGAAGAGCGAAGAAGGCGCACGGCCCUUCGGACGGUGCACUACCAACAGAGCUUGCAGCGCUAUCAUCAGCGCCACGUCUGGGCCCGAUCACUGCAAGUCCACGACCUUUUCCUACGCCGCGUCUAG